AUGGGCUUAGUUGAAGAGAGUGGAGCGGGUGAGGGAAAUGGGCCGGGUCGUUGGAAGACCCAGACCCAAGAGGAAGAAACACAAAUACUGAAGCGAAAAAAACCUAAGAAAGAUGGAAGAGGGCGAAAUGGGUUUUGGAAAUUGAGUGAUGGAGAUGAAGGACGGAAGGAUGAUAGGUGGGUUGAGCGACGGUUCGAUGACAGAGAUGAUGAUUGUGGCUGCACCCAAGGAAGGGUUUUGAUUUGGCUUGUUGCUCACACUCAUCAACUAGCAACUAUUCGUAAAAGUUGUUGUACAGGUUCUUCCAUCGAUUUGAGCGGGAGAAGAAGGACGGUUGUAUUAGAGUUGAAGAAGGUGAUGGUGAUGAUUGCAGAGAGAAGGUGGAAAAUUGAUGGGGAUAAAGUAGAUAGAGAGCGGAUGAAGGUUAAAGGUUUAACCAUAUGCAGGUUGGAUUAUGCAGAAUGGGAUUAUGCAGAAUGGGAUUAUGCAGAAUGA